AGUGCAACAGUUAUUCGCACAGCAGGCGGCGGGCUUUUGUUAUCUUAAUAUUCAAUAUGGAGCGUUGGGCAAAUUGUACAGCUGUGGUGACCGGUGCCAGCUCAGGCAUUGGUGUGGCCAUUGUUAAGGAUCUGCUCAAGGCAAAUAUGAAAGUUGCUGGACUUGGCCGCCGCAAGGAACGCAUGGAAGAGUUGCGAGCCACGCUAGCCGAGGAUCAACAAAAGCUAUUUUAUCCCGUUGCCUGUGAUGUCUCCUCGCUAGAAUCCGUCAAUGCAGCUUUUGAUUGGAUUAUCAAAAAUUUGAGUGGCGUUGAUGUAUUGGUGAACAAUGCGGGCAUUUACAAUGUUGGACAAGCUAGCACAAUGAACCCAGUGGAAAUUCAACAAGUUAUACAAACCAAUGUCAUGGGUGUGGUUUAUUGUACGCAGCGAGCAUUCAAAUCGAUGAAAGAACGUAGCGUAGAUGGCCAUGUGGUGAUCAUUAAUAGUGUUGUGGGUCAUUAUGUGCCACAAAAUGAUGCACAAACAACGCCAACUUCGAAUUUGUAUGCGCCAAGCAAAUAUGCCUUGACUGCGCUCACCGAGGUUUAUCGGCAGGAGUUUAGAGGACUGGGUACAAGGGUUAAAAUAACUAGCGUUAGCCCCGGUUUAACAGAUACGGACAUGGUAGCUGCUCGUUCAAGGGGCGGUAAGAAGCCAAUUCUACAACCAGAAGAUGUAUCAAGCUGUGUACUCUUUACACUUUCUACGCCAGCGCAUAUGCAAGUACAUGAGAUUACUGUGAAGCCGAUGAUGGGCGAAUGAGAGGCAAUUCGUCUGAUAAUAUAGUUAGCUCUUUAUUUGAUGUAGGAGCUCUUAAGAUUGUCUGUUAUUACAAUAUAUAUUUUUUUAAAUUUAAAUGUGAUAAUAAAUUAUGAAA